AAGGGCAGAUUCGAAAUUUCAACAAAACAUAUAUAAAUGCGUCGAUUUUGUAUAUGAUUUCGAAUUAAUUAUGAAAGUCAGUUUCAAUUAGGGAAACUACUUUAUAAGUAAAGUACUAGUACCAGUGAUUUUCGAAUAAUACAAAAUGAUGGAUGUCGGUGCCUCUAUGGUGGACACCUGUCCUGGAAACCUACAAGGUUUAACCAGUUACUUAUUUAUUACUUUAAUAAACAGUUUGUUCGGAUCAAAAUGUAAACUUGGUGCUAGAGAAUUGUACAACGAUGAUUACGCUCCGAAACUUCGAGAUGGCGACGAAUUCGAUUUCAUAGUCAUAGGAUCAGGAUCCGCAGGGUCCGUUGUAUCCAAUAAAUUGAGCGAGAACAAGAAUUGGAAAGUCCUGGUUUUGGAAGCUGGAGGAUAUCCUUCAGCUCUCAGCGAUAUUCCAGGUCUGAUGUUUUUCCUUCACGGCACUGACGAAGAUUGGCAAUACAAAACUGAACCUACGACAAAAUCUUGUUUGGGUUUCAAAAACGGUCAAUGUAGUUGGCCUAGGGGAAAAGUUUUCGGGGGUACUAGCGUAUUUAAUGCUAUGUUAUACAUAAAAGGAUACAAGAAGGAUUACGACCAAUGGGCGCAGCUUGGAAAUACCGGUUGGGACUGGGAAACCGUCAGACAUUAUUUCAAAAAAAUUGAAAAUGUACAGGAUCCCAACGCCAGCGACCAGUACGGAAGGAAUGGUUAUAUGAUGUUAUCUAAAAUUAGCAUAGUUUUAGGAGAAAUGCUUGUGAAAGCGAUGCGAGAAGCUUUCGAAAAUAUGGGAUAUUCCAGUUUACAAGAAGAAGAACCAGCUUAUCCCAUGGGAACGUUAGAAGCAUAUCAAUGUAACAAAGACGGAGUGAGAUAUAAUGCAGCUAAAGCAUUUUUGGGAAAAGUUAAAGAACGUCCAAAUCUAUUCACUUCUCUACAUUCUUUCGUUAACAAAAUAUUAAUAGAUCCAUCCACUAAAACAGCGACCGGCGUCGAGGUUAAAAUCGGUGGAAAGAUAUUGAAAUUGAAGGCUAAGAAGGAGGUUAUCCUAUCCGCUGGUUCCAUCAAUUCCCCACAAAUUCUCAUGUUAUCAGGUAUAGGACCCAAGGAGCAUUUGGAAAGUUUAAAUAUAAAGGUAUUAAAAGAUGCUCCUGUUGGUUACAAUUUAGAAGAUCAUAUGAUCAAUAUAGGAACGUUCGUAACAUUCUCUCCAGAAUGUUGUAAAGCAGAAACUUUCCAAGAUCAACUAUAUCAAUACUUUAUGUAUCAAAAGGGAUUCUUAGCUACGUCUGGUAUAAUGAACUUCUGGAAUUUCUUUAAUACGAGAAACGAUUCCCAUUAUCCUAACAUUCAGAAUCACUAUUUCUUCUAUCCAUUGAACCAUCAACACUACCUGGAACAGUUCUUGAAGUCUGCGGGUGUUAAACCGGAAAUUGUAGGAGAUAGUAUGGAGUAUAUCAAACGUCGUCCGAGUGUAAUUGUAGGUAAUACGCUUAUGAACCCCAAAUCUAAGGGAAGAUUAACAUUGAAGAGCAGCAAUCCCGAAGAUAAACCCAUUAUUGAAUCGGGAUACUUCACCGAUGCAGAGGAUGAUGAUCUGCAAGUUCUACUUGAAAGUAUCAGAUUCGUGGAAAAAAUGAUGCAGACGCCUCCAUUGAACAAAUUCGAUCCACAAAUAUUGAGACUGAACCUCCCUGAUUGUGAUAAAUAUGAAUAUCGUUCGGACGAUUAUUGGAAGUGCUCUUUGAGACAUCUCACCACGACUCUCUACCAUCCAACAGGAACAUGUAAAAUGGGACCUGCUGGUGAUAAAACUGCUGUGGUAGAUCCUAAAUUGAAAGUACAUGGUAUUAAAAAUCUGCGAGUAGCCGAUGCUAGCAUUAUGCCGAUAAUAGUUAGUGCUAAUACGCAUGCUCCGUCCAUGAUGAUUGGUCAUAAAGCCGGUGUGAUGAUCACAGAGCAAUGGUCGAAUCAGAAAACAGAAUUGUAAUUAUGAAGAAAAAAAGACUUAUAGAUCAUUAGAUUUAUAAUAAAAUUAAGUAUAAAAAAUUGA